AUGGCAGGGAUUAACGGAAAAAGUAAUGGUGAAAGCAGUGAACACGAGGAGUAUCAGUAUUUGAGACUGCUUGAAAAAAUUGUUGCCAAAGGAGCGAAGAAGAGUGAUCGCACAGGGACCGGCACCUUCGCACUUUUCGGAACUCAGAUGCGAUUCUCUCUGAGAGAUGGAAUUUUCCCACUUCUAACUACGAAAUCGGUCUUCUGGAAGGGAGUGGUCGAAGAGCUCCUCUGGUUCAUCAGUGGGUCGACAAACGCCCAGGAUUUAUCAAAGCGGGGGGUGAAAAUCUGGGAUGCCAAUAGCUCACGUGAAUACUUGGAUGCUUACAACUUCAAGGACCGGGAGGAGGGUGAUCUAGGGCCCAUAUAUGGAUUCCAAUGGAGACACUCGGGUGCUCAGUACAUCAAUAUGCAUUCAGAUUACACGGGUCAAGGCAUCGAUCAACUUCAGGAAGUAGUAAAUAAGCUGAGGAAUAAUCCUGACGACCGAAGGAUAAUAAUCUGCGCCUGGAACCCAGCAGACAUUCCCAAAAUGGCUCUUCCACCCUGCCACUGUCUCGUUCAGUUCUUCGUUGCCGAUGGAGAGCUUUCCUGUCAUUUGUAUCAACGGAGCGCAGACAUGGGCCUUGGAGUGCCCUUCAACAUCGCCUCCUACUCAUUGUUGACGUACAUGUUGGCACACAUAUCGAAUCUGAAGCCAGGAGAAUUUGUACAUACUAUGGGAGAUUGUCAUGUGUACUUAAACCAUGUCGAGCCCUUGAAGAUUCAAUGCCAGAGGACACCUAAACCAUUCCCAACCCUGAAGAUCAGCAGAGAUGUGAAGGAAAUAGAUGAUUUCGUAGCAUCAGACUUUGAGCUAAUUGGAUAUGAUCCUCACCCCAAAAUCUCCAUGAAAAUGGCUGUCUAAGUAGUUUAAGCAGCUCCUCCGUUAUCUAUUAUUCGGAGAGGCUAAAGUGGUCAUAUUUCAUGGGGAAUUUGCGUAUUGUUCUAGAGAAGUGAUCAACCGUGAUAAUUUACUAUAAACCUAAGAUUUAUCUAAGAACAACUUCUCAUUAUGGAAGCAAGCUGAGAUGGAAUAAAGCACGAGAAAUGGACAAGAACACUCAACUCAUCUUGACAAUCGAUGCGAUUUAAAGAACAGCAAAUUUUCAGUUGUCAAAUAUGCAAUUUAAAAACGUUGCAGGUUAAAAAAUUGAUCUUAUCUCGGUUCACCACUUCAUUAUUAAUGGCCUUACUUGGAUCUAAACGUAUAAAAUAAUCAAGCGUAACGAUAUAAAGUCUCUGAAUGUAGACAAUCAGUAUUUGAUCUUGGACUGCAGUCAACUUCCCUAGAAUUAUUAAAAAGGAUAAUUCAGAGAACGGUUACCAUAAUGCUAGGAUCAUUAAAAAAUUGCAAAUAUUGUAGGAAUAACUUUUACUUUAUUUAUCCUAAUAAAAAUUAUAUUCUUUC